AUGGAAAGAUUGCAGAAUGGCAUUACAACCAGACCAGUUGCACAAAGUAGUCGGAGACUUCUUGUAUAUGCUGUAUUAAUAAUUAUACUUAUAAUCAACGUGACCCACUAAUCAUGCGGAACACCACAAGACAUCUUUUGAUUGUAUUCGGGAGCAUGGUACUUAUGUGCUCUUUAUGCGUGGUGGAAAAUGCGAUUUUGAGAGGGAAAAGACAGGAUUACUGCGACACAACAUUCACGAGACCGGAACUGCAAAACCGGACGGUCACGGCGUAUUGUCGGUAUUAUGGGGACCGAUUUUACGAAUGUACGGCCUGGAACAGGAUGUUAGCACGGACUCAUUGGGUGCUCACCGACGGUAUCAUACCAUCCGAAAUGUGGCUAAACCGGAACGAACAUGUGCAAAUUGCUGAAUGCAAAUUUUACGACGGAGGAUUUUACCGCUGUCGUGGAAAGCCCAGAUAUGACACUCCCGGUGGUCAACCACGACGGUGCGCUUGGGGCGGACGGUACGAAGGAACAGCACAUACAGGAUACAAACAAGUUGGUUCCUCAUGAUGUGGUUUAUUAAGUCUAAAGUCCUCACGAUUUGUGCAGUACGUACUAAUAUGUAACUGUAAUCCUUGAUUGCACUUCGACUGAAUUUUAUUUAACAAAUUUAACGAACCUUCGUGAAUGGUCAGCUAUGCAGUAUUAAAGUCGACUUUUCCUGGGUACUACAAAUUCAGCUGCUACUGUAAUGUUCCACGAAAUUUUUUUAUGAUAUUCGAACGAAGUCGUAGACUCGUGGGUAUCUAAGUGAAGAAACAAGAUUGUGUAAA